CUAGCACCUUUAGAUUUCGUCUGCUCUCUAUUUUGUUUUGAAAAUGUCAAAAUCAUGGUUUAUUAUUCUGACAUUUUUACAAUUUCUCUCAGUAGCAAGGUCGUCGAUAGGUGACCGAUCCCAUUUUUACAAUAAUUGUGUCAAUAAUUGUCGAGUCGGCAACUGUAAAAAUGCCGUAGAUUUUAAAAAAUCUCCUAGUAUAGUUUUAAAGCUACUUUUUUGGACUUGUAAAGAAGACUGUAGUUAUCAUUGCAUGUGGGAAACUGUCAAUUUUUUCACGUCUAAAGGACUUCAAGUGCCACAAUUUUAUGGAAAAUGGCCAUUUAUUCGUAUUUUUGGAAUACAAGAGCCUGCAUCGGUGUUAUUUUCUAUUUUAAACUUCUAUGCUCAUGCUACUUACUAUCUCCAAUUUAGAAGAGAUGUUAGUUCCAUUUCACCAAUGUUUUUUGUGUGGACCUGGUUCUCAGUUAUCUGUUUACAUGGUUGGUUUUGGUCAGCUAUAUUUCACACACGAGAUAAAGAUUUUACAGAAGUUAUGGACUAUUCUUGCGCAUUUGUAAUUGUAUUAACCUUGUUAUAUUGCCUAUUGUUAAGGAUAUCGUGUAAGGAUGAAGUGAAAAGCAAAGUUUUCAUAGUAGUGACUGCUAUUUAUUUAGCAACAUUGUACACUCAUUUAAAUCAUCUUUGGUCUGGCAAAAUAGACUAUGGCUUCAAUAUGAAGUUCAAUAUAAUAAUUGGUUUUUUCACUUUUUUGUUGACAAUGAUCUGGUGGUACAAAAACCACAAAAGCCUACCUCAUGUGCAUUUAGCUGGCUGGUUCACUGUGUUAACAGUAUCAGUCACUUUAUUAGAAAUCGCUGACUUUCCUCCUAUUGUAUGGAUCUUUGAUGCACAUUCCUUGUGGCAUGCUUCCACUGUUCCAUUAGUGAAAUUGUUAUAUAGGUUUAUAAUUCUCGAUUGCCAAUAUCUUAGAAGACAAUAUGCAAAACUUGAGUCUGAUCAACUGUGAUGAAAAUGUUUUGAAAGAAGAUUUGAACAAAUAAUUUCGUAGAAAAAAAUUUAUUUUUUAUUGAUUUUU